GUGCGGUAAGUUUUCCCACUUGAGGUGCGGAGGAACGACGUUGUGGUGCGUCUUUGCCUCGGCUUCCCCAGGAUUAUGUGAUCCGUGCGCGGCUGGCGUUGCCGCAUCACCAGCCUCGCCAUGCGACACUUUUGAGAGCAUCGUCUCAGUCGUAAUUGCCCGUUCCUUCAGCAUCCGCGUCACGAGUCAGCUCAAUCGUGGUGACUCCUUACUCCCACCGUCCCUGGAACCACACGGUGACAUCAGCGUCCCCUCUGGAGCGGGCGCGUCGAGUCCCAUCCCCGCGUUCCGCAUCGCAGACCGGGGUGCAGCUACACUGCAGCCACAACCUGCGCCAGGAUGAUAGGUGCCACGCGCCGCUGGUUUCGCCGCAACCGCACCAACUUCGCCAUCGGUGCGGGCGUGCUGGGUGCGGGCUAUCUCGCGGGGCAGUAUGCGCUGGGCAAGCUGUCGGAAGCGCGCCAGCGCAUGAGCGAUGACCGCAUCGCGAAGGAGAACCUGAGACGCCGCUUCGAACAGAACCAGGAGGACUGCACCUUCACCGUCCUCGCCAUCCUGCCCACCGCCACCGAGAACCUCCUGGACGCCGUUCCCGUGGAGCAGGUGCUGGAAGAGCUGCAGAAGCAGAAGGCUGAGAGACUGGCGAGAAGCGUAGGGCCCAGCGAGAUUGCAAGCACAGCGCCGCCGAGUGUCGCAGAUACCACAGAGGACGAUGCCAAGAGCUCCACCUUCCAGAGCGAGAGCUAUGUGCAUGCCAGCCAGAUUGCUGGCGAGGGCGAGAGUGUGGUCACUACAGGCAGUGCAGAAGGAAGCGCCGAGUCUGGUGAGCGCUCGAGCAAGAGAAGCAAGGCCCAGUUGUGGAGCGAGAUGAAGAUCAGCUCCAUCACACGCGCAUUCACGCUUCUGUACACUCUGUCGCUACUCACCCUCCUUACUCGCAUCCAGCUGAACCUCCUCGGCCGCCGCAACUACCUCGCUUCCGUCGUGACCCUCGCAUCCCCACCCCCAGCGAAUCAGGAAUCGCGAAUAAGCCUGGAGAACCACGAUGACGACAACUUUGAGCAGGCAUACGGCAACGACUUUGAGACAAACCGGAGAUACCUAAGUUUGAGCUGGUGGCUGCUGCACAAGGGAUGUCUGAACUUGAUGGAGAAGGUGCGCGUCGCUGUGAAGGAUGUCUUCGGCACCCUUAACCCGAGAGAGGAAAUCACCAUCGAGAGGCUUUCCGAGCUUACCCUGGAAGUGCGGAAGAGGGUCGAGGGCGCGACGGAGGAGGAACGCAGAACCCGCAAGUGGCUGCCGUACCUCCUCCCCAGCCAUGAACAGGAGGACUAUGUUUUGCGCGAGAGUGGGAUGACCACGUCCGAGGACGUCACAUCUCCCACCACAGCCACAUCGCUCCGCCGUCUCAUCGACGAGACAUCUGAUCUCAUCGACUCGCCCGCCUUCACGCACGUUCUCACCCGCCUCCUUGACGCCGCUUUCUCCCAUCUCAUCGAUGUCAAGAUCUCCCAGCUCUCAUACAAGAUCCCGCCCAUCUCAGAGAGCACUGCACGCGUGCAGGAAAUUGUGGGCAGCGACGUGAAGGCCAAGGUCGCCAGCUCGCUUGCCGUGUUCUGCAGACAGGCACACAACAUCGGCAGCGGCGCCAACAACGAGUACCUGGCGGCAAUCGAGCAGGUGCGCGACCUGGAGGCUUUUGCUGCCGUCGUGUACUCGAGCAACUUCGAAGUGGAAUCACCAGAUUUUACGUCAACCCGCCCGACUACUAUGGUCGACGAGAGCAACAGGACGAGCAUGGCAACGAGUGGUGUGGACCCGCUCGCGCCGGGUCUUAGUCAACCAGCGACUGCGAGGGAGAGCGUGGCCGAUCCAAGCUUCGAAAGCGCCUGGGGAAAGGCGCUGGCGAAAGAGGAUGGAAAGCCGUACUGAGCUGUUGUGUUGAUGGGACUUCUUGUAUAGUACCUUUAAACUUGGGCUGGUUUUACGGCAGGGAACGGUGGGGAUGAAAGAUACCCGCACACAUCUACUAUAAUGAGAUACAUCCAU